AGUAUCUCAAAACGACUUGGUCGCCCUCCAAAGGGUGCAGCUAGGAGCAAAACAGUCCAUUCGACCAUCAAGACGAAAAGAUUAUCCAAUAAUAAUUGCCCUCCUACGGCAAUAGCUCAACAGUCUCCGGAGAAUGGCCAAUCACACCAAGACGACUCGAUGAACCUUAAAGGCAUGCCCAUAAAUGCAUUUUCUGAUUCAUCAUAUGCGUUGUCUAGCCCAGAGACAGUUCAUGGCCAAGACUCUGCUAGCCUUGGGGAAAGUGAAAUAACAACUAGUCUCUCUUUCGAAAAGGAUGACCAAGAGUCAUGGAUGGCUCUGAGCCAAUUACAACAGUCUCCUGUAAUAAGGGCACAGCAGCUCAAUACAUCUCAAAAUGACCCUCAAAUUGUGUACAAUAACGACGUCCUAUUACCUGACUUCCAGGAAUUUGGACAUCGAAGUGAGCUUACUCGGUGCAGCUGCCUCCAGCAACAUACCCGGUUCUUAUGUCAUGUAAAAGAACUGGACCGAACUCACGGUCCUCAUUUCAUCGUUAUUACGCUGGAUGUGGCUAAUCAAUGCUUGCGGCUAUGGAAAUCUCAUAUGAGUUGUCAGUUAUGCUGGGAGGAUGAAGACUAUAGCGCCUUGAAAUUGUUGCUUAUUGGUAUUGGCACAGUGGUGAAACGUGUAUGGAAAUUCCUCACGUAUCAGAAACAGGAUCAGGAAUCUACUGAAAGCUUGCUUAACGACAAGCUGGCAUUUUCUAAUGUGGGAGUCCUUAAGAUGGCAUCGGCCGGUACUGAGAAGACAUCCUCCAAAGAGCCUAGCGGAGUGAACUGCAGCGCGCGACAGCGACAUGAUUCGAAGGGCCCCUUAAUAACAGCCCCUCCAAUGAAGAUUACAGUAAACGAGUUUCAGGUCCCUGAAGAGGAACAGAUGUUUAUUAUAGGAAUGCUGAUUAUCCGGAUGUUAACGAGGAUCAAAGAAGGGCUGGGGGAUAUUCGCGAUAGAAUUAAGAUAGAGAGACCGGACGACAAGAGUGGUAAUAGGAGUAGCUGGUAUCCUCUACAGAGACUUGUCCCUUUGAUAUUGGAUAACUUGGAUGAAUCGGUGUUGGAACUUGAGCAGUCAUUGCGGAAUUUCAUCAUGCCAUAGGUAAUAUUUCGUUAAAAUAUGACUAGGUAGACAACUUUAGAU